AUGGCGUCAAAAGGUGCCGUCCUGCCUCUGCUGAGGCGCGAAAUGCGCUCGGCCUCCCGUUUCUCACGAACUACGCCCUCCAUCUCCUCUCUCGUCUCUGCUCGCAGCCCUGCCAGUCCCCUGUUGUCGUCGAGGAGACGUUUCACCCGCCGAUCGACAGCCUUCACGACGGUGCAGACCCGGGCGUUUUCCCAGUCGGUAUCACCGCGCUUUACCGAUGAGAAUGGCAAUUUUGACCCGCGGUCAAUCGACCGUGAAUCGGAUAAGGUGGAUGUCUGUAUUGUGGGUGGUGGCCCUGCUGGUCUCGCCGCCGCAAUUCGAUUGAAGCAGCUUGCGAACGAAGCCGGCAAUGAGGAAUUUCGAGUCGUUCUGUUGGAAAAGGCUGGAGAAUUGGGCGCGCAUAUUGUUUCAGGCAAUGUUCUUCAACCUACCGCCAUGAAUGAGCUGUUCCCCGACUGGCUCGCCGAAGAUAACCCCUCCCGCUUUGAGGGUGCCACCCCCGUGAAGAGCGAUAAGAUGCGAUUCCUCACCAAGACUUCAUCAUACCCUCUCCCUGCUCCACCGCAGAUGAACAAUCACGGCAAUUACAUCCUUAGUUUGAACGAGUUGACCAAGUGGCUCGGUGAGCGCGCGGAAGAAUUGGGCGUUGAGGUGUACCCUGGAUUCGCUGCCAGUGAGGUUGUUUACAACCACGAUGGAUCAGUAAAGGGUGUUGCGACCAAUGACCUGGGACUGGGCCGGGAUGGCAAGGCCAAGGAUAACUUUGAGCGCGGAAUGGAGUUCCACGCUCGCGUGACGCUUCUCGGCGAGGGCUGCCACGGCAGCUUGACGAAGCAGGUGAUUAAAAAGUUCGACUUGCGACGGGAUAGCCAGCCGCAAACCUACGGUCUGGGAAUCAAGGAAAUUUGGGAGAUUCAACCAGAGAAGUUCCGCUCGGGUGAGGUCACUCACUCGAUGGGAUACCCGCUUCCCAGGGAUACCUACGGUGGUGCUUGGAUGUAUCAUUUCGGUGACAACAUGGUAAGCAUCGGUCUCGUGGUCGGACUGGAUUAUCCGAAUCCUUGGCUCUCUCCCUAUGGCGAGUUCCAGAAAAUGAAGCACCAUCCCAUGUUCAAGGAUGUUCUGGAGGGCGGCAAAUGCAUUUCGUACGGUGCCCGUGCACUCAACGAGGGCGGCUUCCAGUCUAUCCCCAAGUGCGCGUUCCCAGGCGGCGCCCUGAUAGGUGACACCGCUGGAUUUUUGAACGUGCCCAAGAUCAAGGGAACUCACACUGCGAUGAAGUCCGGAAUGCUAGCAGCCGAGGCUACCUACUCUGCAUUGUUAAGCUCGAGUGAAGGCACCGUCUUCCUCUUCGACUAUGAACAGUCCCUCCGGGACUCGUACAUCUGGAAGGAGUUGCGCGAGGUGCGCAACAUCCGACCUUCCUUCAACACCCCCCUCGGUUUCUUCGGUGGCCUGAUGUACUCCGGAUUAGAGGCCUACAUUCUCAAGGGCCGUGUACCGUGGACCCUUGGCCACCACGGCACGGAUGCCGCGGCCACCAAGCCCGCGUCCGCAUGCAACAAGAUUGAAUACCCCAAGCCCGACGGCGAGAUCAGCUUCGACAUCCUGACCAGCGUCAGCCGCACCGGCACCAACCACGAAGAGGACCAGCCUGUGCACCUGCAGGUGGAGGACUGGGACAAGCACAAGGAUCUGUCCUGGCCGGUAUACAAGGGUGUGGAGAACCGGUUUUGCCCGGCUGGAGUGUACGAGUACGUGGAAGACCCUAGCAAGAAGCACGGGGUCCGCUUCCAGAUCAACGCGCAAAACUGCAUCCACUGCAAAACGUGUGAUAUCAAAGUGCCGACUCAGGAUAUUAACUGGCAAACCCCUCAGGGUGGAGAGGGUCCUAAGUACAUCAUGACAUGA